AUGGGCGGUGGGCUGCACCCACCGCUCUCAGUGAUCCUUUCAUGGCCACCGUCCAACUAUGUCGAUCCAGUAACACAUGGCCAUGGUGUAAUAGUAAUGGAAGGUGUAUUACUCGGGUUGUGCUACUUUAUUGUUGCGUUGCGAGUAUACACUCGUCUUUUUCAGGCCAAGAACUUUGGCCUCGAUGACGUCCUGAUAAUGUUUAACCUGAUCCCUUUGACUGGACUUGCUGUUUGUCUCAUACUUGCUUUCGCAAGAUAUGGUUGGGAUAGACACAUUUGGGAUAUUCCACCUCAGAAGAUGGUCGCUGCUAGGAAAGUUGCUCUGUCUAUUGAGAUCACCUAUCUCAUAUCGACCUGCACCACAAAGAUAUCCAUUCUCUUGUUCUAUCGCCGACUAGGAGGAUCUGUUUCAAGGAGGUUUCGAUACUGCAUUUACUUUGCUAUUGGCUUUGUCAUAGUGAACGGCCUCGUCUUUUUUGUCGAUUCCUUUGUACAAUGCCGCCCAUUAAGCGCAUUCUGGAACCAAGGCAACAUCUACUGGGUUGCGGCUAACCAAGGCGAUUGGCACUGUGGUGACGAAGCAGCCACCGUAGUGUGUGCAAGUGUAAUAAGCAUGCUUCAAGACUUCAUUGCAUGCCUGUUACCGAUGGCGUUGUUCAGAAAGCUAAAGAUUGCAAGGAAGAAGAAAAUCGCCCUCGGGUGCAUAUUUGGAGUUGGCUUCUUCCUUUGCAUUUGCGGUAUGCUACGCAUGAUCACAACGGUCAAAGUAUACUACCAGACGUACGAUCUUACCUGGGAGUCGCUCCAAGUGUGGAUAUGGACAGGAAUUGAAAGCCACAUGGCCAUUGUGUGUGCCAGCUUGCCAGCCUUAAAUCACUUCUUCCGAAAUGUUCUCAAAGAUGAGACGCUCACGAGUGGAAUACGGUCAUGGUCAAACAAAUAUAGCAAAAGUUCGAGCGGAAGCAAGAGCAAAGACUACGGUCAUGGAACUUCGCAAUCAAGUAGCUUGCCAACAAAUGUCCCUUGGAUGUCCUCAGAUCCGAAGAUGGGGGUAAUUGUGACGAAAAGUGUGCAACUAGAAGAAGUCAUAUGCGACAAAAAGUACAAUCUGCGUAAUUCAGACUUGGAAAGUGCAGGCGAUCAAUGGACACAAGGUGUCAACUUCGUCGAUCAGGAUUCUUAUGUUCCGAGGUCGUCAAACACCUGGCUUGAGGAUGAAACUUCUUCUGGAGAAGAGAGGGUCGAGGCAGCCCCUCAGCCUACCAGAAAAUAUUCUGGCUUUGCAGAUUUGCGCAGGCUCUAUUAAUAAAC